AUGCUGUCGUCUACUUCCAGCCACACUGAGGAAGAAUCUCUUUUAGAACCUGAAAAUCUCUCUUCUCCUGGCAUUCAUAUACCUCCAGUUUUUUGUGCAUUUCUUGAGACAUUCGAGGCAUCAUCUCAAUACUCCUCUCCCGAGGAUCCUACCAUGCACCACUAUCAUUCGUGCCUUCUGGAGCUAUCCCGUGUCUGUGAACUCCUGGCUUUCAAACUCGCAGAUCAGACUCAUAAUCUUAACACUCUCGGCUUACUAUAUUCUGUCGAAAUCAGCAAAGGCAUCUCUCUUCUGCAGAGUAUCCUUCCACCGGCAUUCAAUCAGCUCACAGAACUACAAUCUGGAAUUAACAGAGAGCAUGCAGUAGGAGUAGUUCUCGCAGCCGAGGAACAUGCUCCCGCUCGGGAAAACAUCGUAGCCGUAGCCGAGGGAGACAAUGUAGCAGCUGUAGCUGAGGGAGACAUCGUAGCUGAGAAAGACCUCAUACCCCAGGUAGAUGCUGUGGCCAAGGAAGACUCCAUUGAAGAGGAAGAGACCAAAGCUAUCGCACUAGCACCCAUCCUACAUCUCCUGCCAGCAACUCCACCCCGGCCAUCCGGCUGGUUCACACCAGUACCUACGUCUUGUCCUGAAGAGAUUGAACUCUGUAUAUCCGCUCAUAGCACACCUUCCGCUAGUUCUCCAUUUACUGUUAUACCAACUUCUGAUCCACUUGAACAAACCCUCACAUUUUUCGACUAUAUCGAUUAA